AUGUCGCCGCCUCCUUCAUACCACCAACCAAAUGCGCCAGAUUCUCCCGGUGACGACAGUGACUCAGAUAUCGCUCUCGACUUAGAUGAGCUCGAUCCUGCGCCCGCCACCGAGUCUUCUCCAGCUCCUCGCCAGUCUACCGACUUUCACAACAGACCUAUACGCCUGCAGAAGUUUCGGACAGGGUGGGGACGGAGGAAUCGGAAUAAGCCUGUUGGAACAGCACAGGAAGAAGAGGAUCUUCGAGGGCUUCUGACGGACCAUGUUUCAAGACCCGGACAUAAUGCGGACAAUGCCAGUAUUGACACAACUGGUGAAGACGAUGCGCCUUUGUUACCAACUCACAAUACUCGCGUAAGAGACAGACCUACAGAGAGCGGACUGGCGAAACUUGGAACACGACUUCGUCUACCGAGUUUCAAGUCCAACGACCCCCUAGCUAUUGGCGGUCAAGAUGAAGAGGAUGAGCCUGCUAUCGACCAUGAUCCUGCCUCAAACCGAACAGUUGCGGUAGGGCAGGUUCAGACUUCCAAAUUUCCUCCAAAUGCAAUUUCGAACGCUAAAUACACGCCCUGGAGCUUUCUCCCACGGACCCUUUACAACGAGUUCUCAUUUUUUCUCAAUCUCUAUUUCCUUCUAGUCGCACUUUCACAAAUUAUACCCGCCCUCCGCAUUGGAUAUCUGAGCACUUACAUUGCACCGCUGGCGUUUGUUGUUUCGAUCACCAUUGGGAAGGAGGCAUAUGAUGACAUUUGUCGACGGCGGCGAGACUCUGAGGCAAAUUCGGAGCCAUAUGAAGUCUUGAGAUUCGAAGAUUAUGGAAUGGCUGAUGGCACAUCAAAGGAGAAGAAGAGGAAGAUGCGCAAGACUCGAGGAAGAGAAGACGCUUCGAACCUAUCGAGGCUAAGUGGAGAAAAUGAAGACGCAAAUAGCCGCCCGACGUGCAGCGUUCGCGAGAUUACAAAGGCUUCAAAAGAUCUCAAAGUUGGAGAUAUCGUAAAGAUGGGCAAGGACCAGAGAGUUCCAGCAGAUAUGGUUCUUUUGAAGGCUUAUUCCGGAGAUGGAAAUCAGUCUGUCGAAUCUACUGUGUCCCCAUCGCCUGCGGCUGUCCCGCUCAUUGAUAUGGAUGAGCAAGGUCUCAAUCGAGCAACGACUACGCCAAACGUUCCUAGGGCCAUUGUCGAACCCAAUGGUGAAGCCUUCAUCCGAACAGAUCAGUUGGACGGCGAGACCGACUGGAAACUUCGCCUUACAACGCCAAUUUCUCAAUCUCUAGACAUACGAGAGUAUACCAGACUCCGCAUCACAGCCGGAAAGCCAGAUAAGCGUGUGAAUGAUUUCGUCGGAACUUUAGAGCUCACUCCAAAGAGCAGUAGCGAAUAUGACGCCGUGGAGGGAACGUCCUCGCUAAUACAGGCCGUUGCUUUGACGAUCGAUAACACUGCUUGGGCCAACACCGUGCUUGCAUCCAAUUGCACAGUACUUGCGGUAGUAGUCUACACUGGAGCACAGACACGGCAGGCCUUAUCAACAUCACCUUCGCGUUCCAAGACUGGCCUGCUUGAGAACGAAUUGAAUUCGCUCACCAAGAUACUCGCCCUCUUGACGUUGACUCUGUCAUUUCUGCUUGUUGCACUGCAAAAGUUCGAGCCCAAGGACAAGCACGUUUGGUACAUCUCAGUCAUGCGAUUUUUGAUCCUCUUUUCCACUAUUGUUCCCGUGAGCUUGCGCGUCAAUCUUGACCUUGGCAAGUCUGUUUACGCAAGGCUGAUUGAGAAAGAUCAAGGAAUUCCUGGAACAGUGGUGAGGACAAGCACCAUACCAGAAGAUCUUGGGCGUAUAGAGUAUCUUCUCAGUGACAAGACCGGCACACUAACGCAAAACGAAAUGGAAAUGAAAAAGAUCCAUGUCGGGACGGUGUCUUAUGCCAACGAGGCCAUGGACGAGGUCUCUUCAUAUGUGCGUCAAGGUCUCGUAGGACCCAACACUGAGCAAGGGGUUCUCGUCACUCCAGCUACAGUCAGCACAGGCCCAUCGACAGCAUCAACAAGAGCGCGAAGAGAGAUCAGCGCUCGAGUUCGUGAUGUGGUCUUGGCUCUAGCUCUCUGUCAUAACGUUACACCCACCAAUGAAGAGGAAGCUGGAAAGACGGUGACUACCUAUCAAGCCUCGUCUCCUGACGAGAUUGCAAUUGUGCGCUGGACGGAAGCCGUCGGUGUGCGUCUUCUGCAGCGCGAUCGACAGUCUAUGGUCCUGCAGUCUGUCGAUACUGGCAACGUGCUCGUACGGGUCAAAAUUCUGAAUGUGUUCCCCUUCACGUCUGAAGGCAAGCGUAUGGGCAUUGUCGUCAAAUUCCUCGAAGGAACCGAAUCAGACGCCCGUGAUGGAGGCGAGAUCUGGUUCUACCAGAAAGGUGCGGAUACAGUAAUGACCUCGAUCGUUGCCGCAAACGACUGGCUCGACGAAGAGACUGCGAAUAUGGCCCGCGAAGGUCUCCGCACGCUCGUGGUAGGCCGCAAAAAGCUCUCCCAAGAAACCUUCAAUGACUUCGCCACACAAUAUACUCAGGCCUCAAUAUCCCUCCAAUCUCGCGAGAUGGCCAUGUCCCGUGUUGUAAGCCGCUUCCUCGAAUCUAACCUCGAACUCCUCGGCGUCACAGGCGUCGAAGACAAACUUCAGCGCGAUGUCAAGCCGUCCCUGGAACUUCUCCGCAAUGCCGGUAUCAAGAUUUGGAUGCUCACGGGGGACAAGGUUGAGACGGCGCGCUGCGUUGCUGUAUCGUCCAAACUGGUCGCUCGUGGCCAAUAUGUUCAUACCAUCGCCAAACUUGAGCGCAAAGAUGCCGCUCUGGACGCUCUCGAAUUCCUUGCGUCCAAGCCCGACGCCUGUCUACUCAUCGAUGGCGAAUCCCUUGCCCUCAUGCUCACCCACUUUCGCACCCAGUUCAUCACUGCUGCAGUCGCCCUCCCCACCGUCGUCGCAUGCCGCUGCUCCCCAACCCAGAAAGCAGACGUCGCCAUCCUCAUCCGCGCCCACACCCGCAAACGCGUCGCAUGCAUCGGCGACGGCGGCAACGACGUGAGCAUGAUCCAAGCAGCAGAUGUCGGCGUCGGUAUCGUCGGCAAAGAAGGUCGCCAGGCCUCCCUCGCCGCCGACUUCAGCAUCACCCAGUUCGCACACCUCACCAAGCUCCUCGUCUGGCACGGCAGAAACAGCUACAAACGCUCCGCCAAGCUCUCCCAGUUCGUCAUGCACCGCGGCCUCGUCGUCUCCGUGUGCCAGACGCUCUACAGCAUCGCCUCCCGCUUCGCGCCCAACGCGCUCUACCGCGACUGGCUGCUCGUCGGCUACGCAACCGUCUACACGAUGAUGCCCGUCUUCAGCCUCACGCUCGACCGCGACGUCGACGAGUCCCUCGCCACCCUCUACCCAGAACUCUACAAGGAACUCACCGCCGGCCGUUCGCUCUCCUACAAGACCUUCUUCGUCUGGGUCCUCAUCAGCACCUACCAGGGCGCCAUGAUCCAAGGCCUCAGCCAGAUCCUCGUCGGCGUCGGCGCCUCCAAAAUCUCCUCUGUUGUCGACUCGGACGACGGCGGAAACAGCGGCGGCGGCGCCGUCACGCAAGCACAGGACCUCACCUUCCGCCGCAUGGUCUCCCUCUCCUUCACCGUCCUCAUCGUCAACGAACUCGUCAUGGUUGCGGCUGAGAUCACGACCUGGCACCCGGCCAUGAUCUUCAGUAUUCUCGGCACUGCCGCGCUGUAUUUUGGCUCCGUCCCCUUUCUGGGCGAGUACUACGAUUUGAGGUUUUUUGUUAGCGUCGGCUUCUUGUGGAGGGCGCUGCUGGUGGCGUGUGUGAGCUUGGUGCCGGUGUAUGCGGCGAAGAUUGUGGGGAGGACGUUGCGGCCGCCGAAUUAUCGCAAGGUUCGCGUCUUGAGAUGUUGGGUUGCGUGGAUGCGUUUCAAUGUGGAGAGAGAGAGAGAGCGCGAUGUUCGGCCGCUGGAAUAUUGA